CGCUUCCUUCCUUCCUUCCUUCCUUCCUUUGUGUUCUGUUUCCCACAACAACGAAACAAAGCAACUCUUCUUCUUCAUUCCAUUUUCCAUCUUCCAACUUCCUCUCUCUCUCACUUGAAUUCAACUUCUCAGAGUCUCUUAUUCAAUCCAAGCUCUGGUGUCAGCGUCAGUCAGAAUCGAGAAUGGUGUGGGUAUCUGCUCUGAUUUUUGUUGGCUUCAUUCUCGGGGUUGCGGCGGUUCUUGCGGCCCAAGCUCUCGCACUCUUCUUCAUCCUCAAACGACUGCGUUUUAAGGCCGAUAGAGACCAAUCCCGAAUCGCUGCUUCCCAACCACCACCCGCUGAGCUCGAUCCUCUCCAGUCUCUCGAUUUCGUCUCCAAGAAGCAGGGUGUUCUAUGGGUUCUAGAAUCAGAAGAAGUUUCGAGAUCAUGGCUGGAUAAACCAUCAAAAGAACAAAAAAGAAAAAGGGAGCUCUUAGAGGUUUUCCCUAUCAAAAUGUAUGGGCAGAUCAAGGGUCAAUCGCUUCUUCUAAGAGAGUCUGAUGGUUUGCAGAGAACAAUUGAACUCAAGGGCUGCACAGUUCAGGCUGUGUCAGCUUCAAGCUUUUCUUCAAGAAAAUGGGCAAAAAGGUUCCCCAUCAAAUUGGAAAGUAAGGGCUCUGCAAUAUAUGAUGGAAGCAAAACCCUCUACAUAUAUCUCGAAACUUCAUGGGAGAAAGAAGCCUGGUGUAAAGCUCUCCAUCUGGUUUCAUGUGAUCAAAAGGAUAAAAUCAAAUGGUUCUCCCAGUUGCAUGAAGAAUUUCAUAAUUAUUUAACAUCCUUAAAUUCUGUAUUUCAUUCUUUUAUGAAACCAUCAGCAGGAAUAAGUGUUGAUACGGUAGAAAGAUCUAGUAAGCCUGAUAGUGCUUCCUCAAAGGUUCGUCAACUUUUGAAGAAGUUUUCGAAAAGAACUUCCCGGGUUGGUUUGGAACAUAAAUCAAGUUCAGCUUUAUUGUUAGGCCAUGACGAAAAAAAGUACAGCGAGAAGCUUCGUGCUGGUCAAGAUGCAGUUUUGGCCACUGGAUUGAUGAAAAAUGCUCCAACAGGAAAGCAUAAGAGUUCCUUGGUAGUAGAUGAUGCUGAUGCUGAGGAGAAGUUUGGCAUUGAUGAGGGAACAUUAUGUUGGAAUCUGUUGAUUUCUCGACUAUUUUUUGAUGUCAAAGGAAACACAGAGUUGAAGAAAUCGAUUCAAUCACGGAUUCAGCAAUUCCGUCAUGGACUUAUGGUCAUAGUGCACUACUUGUUAAUUUCAUUAUGGUUGCUGCUAGAGAGCUAUAUUGGUGAAGUCAUCUGUACUGACAUCAAUACUGGGAAUGUUCCACCUUGUAUAGCUAGAAUGAGGGUUCUUCCUAUGGAACUGAGUGAAGUAUGGGCCUUUGAAGUUGACAUUGAAUAUUCUGGAGGUGUGGUGGUAGAGAUUGAAACAAGGCUUGAAGUUGGUGAACUUGAAACAGAGGACUCAAAUCCAGAGGUAAGUGAUGGAGGAGCUGUCCCAUCAGAUCUUCUUGAAGGUUUUGAAGAUUUAGGAAAACAAUUGAAUCUUGAGGAAAGAAAGAAUGAUUUACAAGAGGAAAAAGAAGACGAUGAUGAUUGGAACACUGCAGAUGUGUCUAAGAGCUUUAAGAAGAUUUUGUCUUCCUCAACUGGAUCAAGAUGGAAAUCUAUAUUAAAGUCUCUUGCCAAACAGGUUUCACAGGUUCCGCUCUCUUUGGCAAUAAAGGUAGAAUCCCUCAGAGGGACAUUGCGUUUGCAUGUAAAGCCACCUCCGUCUGAUCAACUCUGGUACGGUUUCACAUCAAUGCCAGAUAUUGAUUUUAGCUUGGAGUCAUCUGUUGGAGAACGUAAGAUAGCUAGUGGGCACAUUGCUUCGUACCUCAUCAAUAGAAUAAAGGCAGGAAUUUGGGAAACUUUAGUACUCCCCAAUUGUGAAUCCAUUUGUAUCCCAUGGAUGUUAGCAGAAAAGAAUGAUUGGGUUCCUCGCACUGUUGCUCCAUUCAUAUGGAUUAACCAAGAAUUUGCGGUUGACAGUUCAAAUGAUAGCAAUAAUCAACCUUCUGGUGGAGUGAAAGCUAAUGCAUGUACUUCGAGUACUGGUUCGGACCACAAACAACAAAGGCCUAAAAUUCCUAAACCUAGUAAAGAGCCGACCAGCAAAUCAUCAUACUCUGCUCUUCCACAAAGUUCAUCAAGCCAACCAUCCCUGGAAAGCAGCAGAAAGUUGGAAGAAUUGACAACGCCUUUAUUAGAGAAUGACAAACCACAAGAAACUAGAGACUCGGAGCCAUUUGGAACGCCUUCACAAAAUGACGAAGACGAAACUAGUGAACAUAGGAUGGAGGAUAACUCUCAGAUCAUAUCAGUGGAUAGAAGUUUGGUAGCUGAGAAACGCAAUCAUUCUAUUGAGCAAGAUGAGGGAACGCCAAGGAAAAUGGGGAGAAGGGAAAGGAUGUUUGAUUUGCGGAAGAAGAUGGGUGAGAAGUUCGAAGAGAAAAGGCGUCAUCUUGAAGAGAAAAGCAGGCACAUUGUUGAGAAGAUGCGAGGACCAUGAGAACCAGAGCGUAAAUGGGAAAUGCAGAUAUGUUGUUCAUUCAUGAUCAGUUGUUGAUUAUGAAUGUGACAGACAAGUACCUUCUAUACGGCAGAACAAACUGGAGGUAUCAGAUAUUGUUUCAUUUUUUAGUUGUACAUUUUAAGUUGCUUAGAAGAUCAAAAUGGGGAUUAUAGGUAUGUUAAUGAUCCUAGCUAAGAAAAUAUUGUCAGGUCAUGAGGAGGUCAAAGAUACAUUGUCUCUUGUAAAUUUGUCACAGCCACAGCUAAACAACACAUUGAGAACUUGUCUAGUUGCUGAGUUUUGCAUUCAUAUCCUCAAAUUUGAGGAAUAGUUCAGUUAUAGCAUUUUAUAUUCUUGAACUUCUAUUGAUGAGUUCUUUGUUAAUUAGCCAACCCGAUCUAACUUCAACAACUAUCAAGCAGAUAGUAGAAAUAGUUAAUUCGAACAAUUGAAUGACCAUUCCUUUUAUGUUUUUGUUAA